UUCUUCCUCUUCCGGAGACGCUGUGUGCAGGCAUUCAAAAUGGUUCAGCGUCUGACCUACCGGCGUAGGCUGUCCUACAAUACAGCCUCUAACAAAACUAGGCUGUCCCGAACCCCUGGUAACAGAAUUGUUUACUUAUAUACAAAAAAGGUUGGGAAAGCGCCAAAAUCUGCAUGCGGUGUGUGCCCAGGCCGACUUCGAGGGGUCCGUGCUGUGAGACCCAAAGUUCUCAUGAGGUUGUCCAAAACCAAAAAACACGUCAGCAGGGCUUAUGGUGGGUCCAUGUGCGCUAAAUGUGUCCGAGACAGGAUCAAGCGUGCUUUCCUUAUUGAGGAGCAGAAAAUCGUUGUGAAAGUGUUGAAGGCACAAGCACAGAGUCAGAAAGCUAAAUAAAUACAAAUGGAGCUUGUUUGAAUAAUAAAUCAAAUGAUUUGUUCUCUUA